AUGGCCUCUGCAGAACUCUCCAAGAAGCGCAAGCGCGCCGAGCCCACGGCCGACGCCGCCGCCGUCGCAGACGGGUCCUCGACGAAGAAGUCCAAAUCCGAAAAGAAGGAGAAGAAGGAAAAGAAGGAAAAGAAGGCCGCCGCCGAAUCCGCACCCGAAGGCGGAGAAUUCAUCGCCCUCGAGGAAUCAAAGGCCGAAAAGAAGGAACGCAAGCGCAAGGAAAAGGAAGCGCGUAAAGCCGCCGAGGCCGCCGUAGAGGACGCAUCAGCAGACGCCGACGCAAUGGACGUUGACCCGCCCGCGCAAGAGAAGAAGGUCAAGAAGAGCAAGAAGGAAGAUUUGGAUGUCAAGACGGAGAAGAAGGAGAAGAAGGAUAAGAAGGACAAGAAAGAGAAGAAGGAUAAGAAGAAGAAGGAGGCCGCUGCAGAGACCGAGACUGAGGCCAAUGGUGUAGAGACUGCUGUCGCCGAGGAAAAGACGGAGAAGACGGAGAAGAAGGAAAAAAAGUCAAAGAAGGCGAAGAAGGCAAAGGACGAGGCUGCGCCGGCGGCAGCGGCCCCUGUCGAAGAAGCAGCGGCUGAGCCAGCAGCUCAAGAAGAAGAGACCGCCGAGGGAGGAAAGAGGGAAAAGUACAUUGUUUUCGUCGCUAAUCAUUCCCUCAACCCCCCAGGAAACCUCCCCUACACGGCAAACAAGGACUCCAUCAACGCCCACUUCGCAGCCUACAAGCCCUCGGCCAUCCGCUGCCUCCACAAGGACGGCAACCCCAACGUCUGCCGCGGCAUCGCCUUUCUCGAGUUCUCCAACGGCUCCAACAUGCGCACCUGCCUCGACAAGAUGCACCACACCUCGUUCGACGACGGCCUCUCGCCCGCGCGCCAGAUCAACCUCGAGCUUUCGUACGUUUGCGUCCCGUAUUGCUUCACCCCCAGCCCUCACCAUCCUACCCUGAUCCCAACCCUCCUUCUACCUCUCCUAAACCAACCCCUGCCUCCCCUGAUCGCCGGCGGCGGAGGCAAGAGCAAGUUCCGCAAGGACAAGAUCAAGGAGCGCAACGUCCAGCUCGACGAGAACCGCCACAGGCGCAUGCAAAAGGAGGAGGAGUACAAGAAGGAGAGGGCCAAGCAGGGUGGGGCCAACUCCCAGCAGGAUAGCAUCCACCCCAGUCGCUUGGCCAUGAUGUAUCACUGGAUCUGGAUAUAUAUACACCUCUGGAUCAAGGAACCAGGAGUUGUGAUUCUCACGCAUCCAAUACCCAAGUGCAUUUGCAAUGGCAGUCAAUUCUCAAGACGAAGCUCAUCCCUUCCUGACCCAGUGUCUAAAUUCCUCCAUGAAAAAAGUAGUGUCUUUCAUGCCUGCUACCAACGAUGCCCCAUUGUGUCUGUCAUUCUCUUCUUCGCCUUUUGCUCCCGGAAACGGGACAAAAGAGCAAUAACGAAAGCACUGAUCCUGCUCAACUGCCAUGGCCGAUUCCAGAGACACCACGAGUGUCAUUCACAAAUUCGGUGUGGCAGGUGGGCGAAAUCUGAUAUUUGGGGGUUUGUUGCGAUCUUCGCAGGCUGUGCUCAGCGGGGGGCUCUCGAAUGGGGUUGUGCCUCUGAAAAUAAGUGUCUCUUCUCGUUGGAUAAGCGUGAGGCACCGGGUUGUGCAACAUGGUUGAGCCCUGACGAAAAGGCAGCAGAGAACUAG